AUGGGUAAGACAUUGAAUUAUGUCCCCCCUGCUAUACGUGAUGGUACAUUCAUUGUGCAAAUUAAUGCAGAGGAUACAAGGGAACGGGAAAUUUACUGGAGUACAGCACUGAUUGAGUACGUGUUGGGUGAUAAUCCUUAUGAGAAAUCCAUGGAUAAUUACAUUACCAAUGUUUGGAAUUUUGUUGAAAAACCCCAAAUACUUUAUCAUGAUGAAGACUACUAUAUCUUUAGGUUCCAAAACACUGAGGAAAGGGAUUUGGUUUUACAAGCAGGACCCUAUACUUACCAUAAUAAACCUCUGAUUCUGCAACAUUGGAGUAUGGAUUUCAAGUUUGACCCUGGGUGUAUGAGUGUUAUUCCUUUGUGGAUCAAAUUUUCGGGACUUCCAUUGGGGUUUUGUUCCAUAGAAGUAUUGAGCAAGCUAGCUAGUGUUGUUGGGAAGCCUCUAUACACAGAUAGAAUUACUGCUGAAAUGGAGAAGGUAUCAUAUGCAAGAGUGCUUGUUGAAGCUGAUGUUUCACAUCCUCUCCCAGAUAGUUUUGAAAUGCAAACGCCACGAGGGAUAAUCAACCAGCAAAUUGAACAUGAUUGGAAACCUAAAUAUUGUUGUGACUGUAUCAGAUUUGGACAUAAUUCAAAUGAAUGUUGGAUGAAAGAAAAGCUGGAAAAGGAGAAGGAAUUCAAAGAGCAACCAAAACGGAAAAGGAAUAAGAACAAAACUAAUCUACAAUGGCUACCAAAGGAGCAUAGGGGAAAUGAAACUGGUCAAUUAGGAGGUCAAAGAGAAUUGGGAAAACAGACAGAAGGGAUGCAAACAGGAGUGAUAAAACAGUCUAUGCCAGAAGGCUGUACUCAAAUGGCUAAUGACAAAUCUGAGAAAUCAGGGCAGAAUGAUCAAAAUACUAGAACAAUUGGUAAGGGCAAGGCUGUCCAACAAGCUCCAGUUGCAUCAAUCAGCUCUAGUAACAGAUUUGGAAUACUGUAG